UCACUACUCCGUUUGCGCAUGCGUACUCCACUCACCGGGUUCACAACAUGACUGGCUUGAACACUAGCAGCUCCUCCGCCUCUGAGAGCAUUAGUAGGUGAACCGGUGUUAUGAAAUAACCGCCCAGGUUCAAGCGAGCAGUGGCGGUCACAACACCCCCCCCCCCCCCCACACACACAAACACACACACAGAACAGACGACUAGACUUGAAACUAACAAAGUGCUGAGUCACUGGUGAGCUCACCUGGAUCAGUGCUGCUGGUCUGCUGCUCCUCUGAAUGUCCUCUGCAUGUCUUCCAUGUCUUUGUCUCUGACAAAGCAGUGAAAUCCGAUUUACAACCACCAAGGAAAAAUGUCAGAGGUCAACAUACCAAAGCGCAAGGAGAAGUGUGAGAACUGCACCAAACAGUGCAACAAGAAACAGAGUGAUGAUGGUGCCAACUCCCACCAGGAGACAGAGGAAGUCAAUGGAGAGGUACAUGACGGAUCCCAGUUGCUGCUGAGCGCCUGCCUGUCCUGUGAUGGCUGUCUAUCAGAGGAGGAGAGCCUGAAGAUCUCUCAGCAGAGCCUGGAGGAAGUGGAGCGGGUUCUGGCUCUCAAUAAGAAGUGUGACGUGUCGAAGCACAAGGUCCUGGUAGCGUCGGUGUGUCCGCAGUCUCUGCCUUUCUUUGCCAUCAAGUUUGGUGUGGACGUCACCGAGGCUGCACACAAACUCUGUGGCUUCCUCAAGAGUUUAGGAGUGCAGUAUGUGUUUGACACUACUCUGGCGGCGGGCUUCAGCAUCUUGGAGAGUCAGAAGGAAUUUAUUCAGAGGUUUCGCAAGAGGCACCACGACUCCCACGCCCUGCCCAUGUUCACCUCUUCAUGCCCAGGGUGGAUCCGUUAUUCAGAGCGUGUCCUGGGCAGUCUGGUCACCCCUCACAUCUGCACAGCCAGGUCUCCUCAGCAGAUCAUGGGCUGUCUGGUCAAAGACUACUUCUCCAAGCAGCAGAAGCUGAGUCCAGAGAAAGUCUACCACGUGUUGGUGGCUCCGUGCUUUGAUAAGAAGCUCGAGGCAGUCAGAGAGGAGUUCUACAACAGCCUGCUGGAGACCAGAGACGUGGACUGUGUCCUCACCUCAGGGGAGAUCCAUUACCUGAUGGAGCAGAGGAAGGUUGCAGUGGAGGAGCUGGACUCAGUUCCACUGGACCAUGUGCUGGGAGAGGCUGGAGACGUGGCGCUAGUGAGGCACGAGGGCCGAGGUUCUGAAGGCUUCCUGGAACACGUCUUCAAACACGCUGCCAAAGAGCUCUUCGGUCUGGACGUCCAUGAGAUCACGUACAAGAACCUCAGGAACCGGGACUUCCAGGAAGUGACUCUGGAGCGGGACGGGGAAACUCUGCUGCAGUUCGCUGCCGUCUACGGCUUCAGGAACAUCCAGACGCUGGUUCAUCGGAUGAGAAAGGGACGUGUGCCUUACCAGCUGGUGGAGGUGCUGUCCUGUCCAGGAGGGUGUCUGAGCGGCCGCGGUCAGGUAGAGAGCGACGCGGGAGGCCGGGUGGAUAAAGUCCUGGUCCAGCAGAUGGAGGAGGCCUACAGCAGCCUGCCGGUCCGUCUCCCGGAGGUCAACCCCACCCUGCACACCCUCUAUCAAGACUGGCUGCAGGGCCAGGACUCCCCGCAGGCCGGCACACUCCUGCACACCCAGUACAGGAGUCAGGUCCACACGCAGCCCCCACACAUGCAGUGGUGAGGAGAGCCAGGGCUGUUUUUUUACUUUUAAGACCCGAUGGAAGCUGAAUGGGGGGCUUCCUCUGGUUGAUUCUGAUUCUGCUUGGACCAUUCUCAUCAUUCAUGCUGGCACCAAGAAGGACAAGCCAAGAGACCACGCUGCACUGCACCAGCAAGUGGUAUCUGGACAGGUGCAGUUCUUCCAUUAGGCCACAGCGGGGCGCUAGCUGUGUUUAAAAUCAUUGGAUCUCCUUGUGCCAAAGCUGAGCCUGAGGACACAUAAGGGUCCGGAGUCCAGAAAAACAUUUGAUGCAGACUGAAGCAGUGAUGUCAAUAAGCUGUGGGUAAUGUCUGAUACUGGUGCAGGGUCAGGGAGUCGCCCGAUCUGCCAGCUGUUCUGAGAAAUGAAGAAGCCUGUAGCAAGUGCAACUACUUGUAUGAAUUUACAGAGCAAUAAGCCACUGAGGAAACAUAUAAGAAGCUUUUCACACAACUGGAACUUCUGAACUGAACCUGUGGAUGCUCAAUGUUCAUUCUGAGGAGUCCAAAUUUAAACUGUCCAAACAUGAAACACGAAGUUGUCUCCGCUGUUCCUCGCUGAAAGACGACGAUGUGUUCUCAAACACAUUACAUGAUUACUAUGCAACAGUGUGAUCGUCUUAUCUCAACAGUCAGUGGAAGCAAUGCUGCUGUGUGUUUCCUUUUAAUAACAACAACCUGACAGUGAGCAUACCAGCCCAGUGUUUAAGGGUUUAUCCAGCCCAGUGAAGAAUUAUUUUUUAAUGGUAUGAGAUGAUUUCAUUUGUAUUAUCACUUUAUUCCUGUUCCACAA